ACCGCCCGCCCGAAACAACUUCAGUUCAGUCUUGGCAAUUGGCAUAUAGAAAGAAAGCGUAAUUUACGUGGUCUAGUAUUUUAUUACACAGCUGCUAAGUGCUUCACAAUGGCUAAAAGGAAGAAUAAACCGUUCUUGGAUUCGGACGCCAGCAGCGAGUCCGAUAUGGAUUCACAAUUCCUAAACUUGGCCAAGAAGAAAAAGAAGCCCGGAGAAUCCCCGCCCGCCAAGUUCAACAACAAGUCCUCAGACAGUGAAUCUGACAAUGAGGGAGGCAGCAGAAGAAACUCAAAAUCAUCAUCAUCAUCCAGCUCCGACUCCGACAGUGAUGCAGACAGCGCCUCAUCAAAGAAAGGCCGGAACUCCCGGAAAGCCUCCAUGGACCAUUCGGACGACAACCGGAAAAAGCCGGAGCCGAAGAAAAGUGAGGUCCGGAAGAGUACGGAUAGCGCGGGGUCGGGGAAGAAGAAGGAUGUUUAUAGUGAACCAGAAGAAGGUGAGGUAUCGUCACAGUCAUCGGACAAUGAUUCAGUGGACUCUGAAGAGGAAUUUGAUGAUGGUUACGACGAAAACCUAAUGGGGGAUGAAGAGGACAGAGCGCGCCUCGCCGCCAUGUCAGAGAAGGAGAGAGAACAGGAGAUCUUCAAACGUAUCGAGCGGAGAGACCUCAUGAAGACCAGAUGGGAGAUAGAACGUAAACUGCGCCUCGCCCGCCGCUCGGCCACGGAGCGCUCGUCGUCUCCCGGCGAGAUCGCCAGGAGACGGGACGCCAGGAGACAGAGGAAACAGAAACAGGAACAGAAACAGGCUAAAGCUGCAGCCGCUGCAGCGGAAGCGGAAGAAAAAGAGAAGGAACCAGAGAAAGAGAAAGAAGCACCACCGCCGAGCCCCGGAGAGAUAUUAGAUGACCCCAAAGACUCCGAGCCGUCAGAGCGUUCAGCCUCCCCCCUAUUCGGCGCGAAAACGGAGCGUAAACGCAACGUGGACGACCGGCGGCAAAACGCCAUGGCCGCUCUAAGGGCCCAGCGCGAUGCUAAGGUCACAAGGGACAAUUUGGCGAGGAAACGAAGGGAGGCGGAACAAAAAGACAAGGAUAAGGAUGAUGAUGAUGAUGCAGAUGAAGAACUGAUAGGCGGUUCGAGCAAACAGAGCGUCAAACUGAAAGCGUCAGACAUCUACUCUGACGACUCAGGAUCUGACUCAGAUGACAAUAAAUCACAAGGUCGCGGUCGUCGGUCCAGCGCGUCGUCGAGUUCAUCCUCGACCGGUGGAGAAGAAACGGAGAAGAAGAGAGAACGGGAAGAAGUUAAAGAAGUCAAGUACGCGGACAGCAGGGAUCAGAUCAACAAACUUAGGCUAAGCAGGUUUAAAUUAGAAAGAUUAGUGCACCUACCAUUCUUCGCCCGAGUGGUCACAGGCUGUUUCGUCCGGAUCGGAAUUGGCAACAACAACGGAAAUCCUGUAUACAGGGUAGCAGAAAUAAUAGACGUAUACGAGACAGCGAAAGUGUACAAUCUGGGGAACACGCGAACGAACAAGGGACUGAAACUACGCCACGGGACACAAGAUAGAGUAUUCCGAUUGGAGUUUGUCAGUAACCAGGAGUUCACGGACAGCGAGUUCCAAAAAUGGCACAAAGCUAUAAAGGACGCGAACAAAAAACCACCCACCAUGGACUUUGUGAGGAACAAGAUAGUAGAAGUUAAGGAAGCGCUUAUGUAUGAAUUUAAGGAAGAAGACGUAGAAAAAAUAGUACAAGAAAAAGAUAGGUUCAGAUCACAUCCCACAAAUUACGCCAUGAAGAAAACACAACUCAUGAAAGAAAGAGACGUCGCACAAUUAAGGGGUGACGACGAAACAGUAUUCGACUUAAACGCCAAAAUACAAGAGUUAGAAGAGCGGGCGAACCACCUCGACAAAACUAGAACAUCCUCUAUACAGAGCAUAUCGUACAUCAAUAAUAGAAACAGGAAGAUGAACGUGGAAUCAGCGGAGAAAGCCAUUAUGGAGGAGGUGAAAGCUAUGAAGGGAAAGAAAACAGAUGACCCGUUCACCAGGCGGCAUACGAAACCGGUCAUGAACUUCAAAUCUCACCAGGGAGGCAGGGCACAGGAACUAAUGCGGAACGAGGAAGCGGCGGCGGAAGAGAUGAAACAGAAAGAGGAGGAAGAGAAAGCGGCGAGAGAGAGACAGGAGAGGGAGAGAUUAGAACACAAUCCAGACUCAGAAAGGCCGAAAUCCCAAUCUACGGACAACGCGAGUCUGUAUUCGCUACACGACUUCGACAUCAAUAUAGAUUUGGACCUCCCCGUCGGCGUCGGUAGCAAAGUUAGUUCAAACGUAACACCAAAACCCGCGGUCACAGCGAAAGUCAAAGAGAGCGGACCGAAACGUUCGCUCAAUCUCGAGGAAUACAAGAAAAGGCACGGACUCAUAUAGUAUGUGAUCCUGAUCAUUGUGGGACUCUUUCAUUGGUAUAGUAAUGUGAAAAGUUGCGAAUUGUGACGGUGACGUAUUGUUUUAUUUUGCCUGGAUUCUUGGCAAGCGGUCAGCGUAGGAUAUGGACGCUUGUGACUAGGGAAUAUCUGUAAAAUAUACAAAAUUCGACAACUAUCGUUUUAACGGUCAAAGGGUAAGCUCAGGUUUACUACGAAUACUACGAUCAUGCCGAUAGAAAUACAAUUUUUCACCCAAGAGGUUAAAAAAGGCUUUUUCCAUCUUUGAAAAAUGGCUAUUUUUUAUCCUCUAGGAAACAAACAUUUGGCCUUCGAACGUGGUAAACUAUCUUGAUCCCAAUUUUGAUUUACCUAUAUGUGACGUUAUCUAUGAAAA